CAUAUCUGUUUCUCCAUUUUCCUGCCCAAGUCAUCCCAGCAGCACCAUUUUAGCCACAUAGGUAGUUGAACCAAUGCGAGACGUGAUUCUGUAGUUUUCUUCAUUUACUUUGAGGAUCUUUAAUUCAAUUUUUACUUUAUGCAUCUACUGAAUAGGAAACCAACCUGUUAUAUUUUAUUUAAACCGAGUAUCACAAAAAUACCUACUGGAAGACACUGAAGCUAGCUGCUAAAGUUAACCGCACCAGAUUCCUUUCUCGUAAGACGCAACAGAUUCUACAAUCAAACUUCUCAAAAUGAGUGCUGCUGCAUCCCAAAAAGUGGUCCUGAAAAGCACCACCAAAGUGUCUCUCAAUGAGCGCUUCACUAACAUGCUGAAGAACAAGCAGCCUACUGCAGUAAGCAUUCGAGCCACCAUGCAACAGCAGCAUUUGGCUAGUGCCCGCAAUCGCCGGUUGGCCCAGCAGAUGGAGAACCGGCCCUCAGUCCAGGCAGCUCUAAAUCAUAAGCAGAGCCUAAAGCAACGCCUGGGUAAGGGUAGCAUCCAAGCCAGACUAGGCCGGCCCAUAGGAGUUCUAAUGCGUGGAGGACCUGCUGGGAGCAGAGGUGGCUUGCGGGGACUGGCCAGAGGAGGAUUUAGAGGAGUCAGAGGAGGAAUCAUGCGAGGGGCUUUGUCCCUGAGGGGAAAGCGAAUUCCUACAGGUGGCCCCAUGCGAGGCCGGGGUAUAGCUAGCCGCAUGCCGAUCCGUAGAGGAGGCCGCUACCGUGGAGCACCUUCUGGGCGAGGAGGAGUGAUGUCCAGAGGAGCAGGUCGAGGUGGAGUAGCAAGAGGCCGUGGUGGACUUCGUGGACGUGGUGGAUUCGCUGGUAGAGGAGGACGUGGUCGUGGGCGGGGUAGAGGAAGUGGUCGGCCAGCUGUAACCCGUGAACAGCUCGACAACCAACUUGAUGCCUAUAUGUCAAAGACCAAAGGUCACCUGGACGCAGAGCUGGAUGCUUACAUGGCCCAGGCAGACCCAGACAGCAUGGAGUAAAGGACUGAAUAUGAACUGUGUAGUUGAAGUCAGGGCUAUAGUUUAGCAGUAGAUGGAACUGCUGACAAAAGAAGCAGUGUCGCCUGACCAAUAUUAAACACUGCAAUAGCUACCUGUUGGAAGAACCCUUUCAUUGUGGAAUAGUCCUGAUGUCUACAGAGCUUGAUUCUUCAUCGGUAGCAAAUUUUUUUUUUUUUGAGUCAAAACUUGUAAAACUGGU